GCAGACAGACAGCCUCCUCUAUGCUGCAGGUUGGGACCUGGGCCAGGCUAACAGGCACACUCCUCCCUGCCCCAUGGCUGUUCCAGCUUCAGCAGCCAGCUUGAAGUGUUCCCAGGGGGUAGGCCACUUUGCCCUGGCCACCUCUAGGUUGGGAAGUGAGUGCUUGUUCCUUUAAAUUCUCAGCAGGUUGAAACGGCUGAUGACAUCACUGGUUCCCGGGAGCGGAGGAGCUGGAGCUGGAGCUCAGGGAGCCCAGGCUGCCGGGGGGGCUGCAGACAUGGAGGGCCAGAGAAGCAGUAGCAGCAGGAGGCCGGGGACCCAGGCUGGCCUGGGCCCCCUGCCUGUGCCCCAUGGGGUUUCCCAAACUGGGGCACCCUCCAAGGUGGACUCAAGUUUUCAGCACCCAGUGAAGGAGAAUGCAGCCCCAGUACCCUUGGAACCAAGGCUGGCUCUGGCACCUGUGAGGCCACGAGCAGCUAUGCCACCUUCCUCAGAGGGGCCGAGGCUGGCUCUGGCAUCUCCCCGACCCAUCCUGGCUCCACUGUCUACCCCUGGAAGGCAGAAAACAGCUUCUGCCCGCCGCAGCUCCAGCCUAGCUCCAACAUCUGUGGGCCAGUUGGUGAUGUCUGCCUCAGCUAGGCCAAAGCCUCCUCCAGCGACCUCAGGCUCAGUCUUGGCUCCGACAUCCCUGGGGCAGCUGGUGAUAUCUGCCUCAGCCGGGCCGAAGUCUCCCCCAGCCACCAUGGGGCCCAGGCUGGCUCCAACAUCCAGGGACAAGAAGCAGGUGCCACCUGCCUCCAUGGGACCCAAGCCAGCACUGGCCACUUCGGGCCUGAGCCUGGCCCUGGCAUCUGAGGAACAGCCCCCACAGCCCCCCUCCAAUUCUUCUCCAGCACCCAGUCCCAUUCUGUUGCCCUCUCAGGAACAGGCCUCUGCUCCAGCAUCUGUGACAUCAGCCUCAGCCUCUAUGGGAUGGACACCAGCUAAACAAAGGGAUGUCUCAGCCCCUGGAACUCUCCCUGCUUCUGAAGAGCAUCUCCAGCCUCCGGCUCAGGCAGCUAGUCCUGCAGGCUCCCCAUCCUUUAUCCAAGCUCCCCCAGACCCCCGGAUCUCCUCCUCCUUCAGAGCCCGGCCUGAGGUCCCCCGCAGCAGCCCUGAAGAUCCUGUCCUGCCCCGGCCACCCCAGACUCUGCCCCUGGAUGUGGGUCAGGGCCCUCUAGAGCCUGGCACUCGCUCCCCAGGACUUCUGUCCCCCACCUUCCGGCCAGGGGCCCCUUCAGCCCAGACCAUGCCCCCAACCCUGCCCAAGCCACCCCGGUCUCCCAGCCGUUCCCCCAGCCGUUCCCCCAACCGCUCGCCUGGUGUUCCCGCAGCCCCUGAGAUGGCCCUCCCCAGGCCUGGCACCCAGGGUACAGGGCCUGGCGGGCACCUGAGCCCCAGCCUUCAGCCUCAAGAAACCCCACUGGUCACCACCUCCCCUUCUACAUCCACCUCGUCAUCCUCCUCUUGGUCAGCUCAGCCUACCUGCAAGAGCAACCCUGGCUUCCGGAUCACUGUGGUCACGUGGAACGUGGGCACCGCCAUGCCCCCGGACGAUGUCACCUCCCUCCUCCACCUGGGCAGUGGCAGCGAUGACAGUGACGGGGCAGACAUGAUUGCCAUAGGGUUGCAGGAAGUGAAUUCCAUGAUCAGUAAGCGGCUCAAGGACGCGCUCUUCACAGACCAGUGGAGCGAGCUCUUCAUGGACGCACUGGGGCGCUUCAACUUCGUGCUGGUGAGUACUGUGCGGAUGCAGGGCGUCAUCCUGCUGCUGUUCGCCAAGUACUACCACCUGCCCUUCCUGAGGGACGUGCAGACCGAUUGCACGCGCACUGGCCUGGGUGGCUAUUGGGCCACGCCCAUAACCCUCCCAAACCUGCCUCCCAAGGGCAACAAGGGUGGGGUGAGCGUGCGACUGGCGGCCUUCGGGCACAUGCUCUGCUUCCUGAACUGCCACCUGCCGGCACACAUGGACAAGGCAGAGCAGCGCAAGGACAACUUCCAGACCAUCCUCAGCCUCCAGCAGUUCCAGGGGCCGGGCGCACAAGGCAUCCUGGAUCACGACCUCGUGUUCUGGUUCGGAGACCUGAACUUCCGCAUCGAGAGCUACGACCUGCACUUUGUCAAGUUUGCCAUCGACAGUGAUCAGCUCCACCAGCUCUGGGAGAAGGACCAGCUCAACAUGGCCAAGACCACCUGGCCCAUCCUGAAGGGCUUCCAGGAGGGGCCCCUCAACUUUGCGCCCACCUUCAAGUUUGAUGUGGGUACUAACAAAUAUGAUACCAGUGCCAAGAAGCGGAAGCCAGCUUGGACAGACCGUAUCCUAUGGAAGGUCAAACCUCCAGGUGGGGGUCCCAGCCCCUCAGGACAGGAGAGCCACCAGCUCCAGGUGACCCAGCACAGCUACCGCAGCCACAUGGAAUACACAGUCAGUGACCACAAGCCCGUGGCUGCCCAGUUCAUCCUGCAGUUUGCCUUCAGGGACGACAUGCCACUGGUGCGGCUGGAGGUGGCAGACGAGUGGGUGCGGCCGGAGCAGGCUGUGGUGAGGUACCGUGUGGAAACGGCGUUCGCCCGGAGCUCCUGGGACUGGAUUGGCUUGUACCGGGUGGGUUUCCGCCACUGCAAGGACUAUGUGGCUUAUGUCUGGGCCAAACACGAGGAUGUGGACGGGAACAUCUUCCAGGUGACAUUCAGUGAGGAAUCGCUACCCAAGGGCCAUGGAGACUUCAUCCUGGGCUAUUACAGCCACACCCACAGCAUCCUCAUUGGCAUCACUGAGCCCUUCCAGAUCUCGCUGCCUACCUCAGAAUCGGCCAGCAGCAGCACAGACAGCUCAGGUGCCAGCUCGGAGGAUGAGGAUGACAGCACCCUGGAGCUGCUCGCACCCAAGUCCCGCAGCCCUAGCCCUGGCAAGUCCAAGCGGCACCGUAGCCGCAGCCCAGGCCUGGCCCGCUUUCCCGGCCUUGCCCUGCGGCCCUCGUCCCGUGAACGCCGUGGCACCAGCCGUAGCCCCUCACCCCAGAGCCGCCGCGUGCCCAGGGUGGCCCCCGACAGGGGCAAUGAUGGCGGCAGCCGGGGCAGUAGUGAGGGGCCCUCUGGGCUGCCUGGCCCCUGGGCCUUCCCGUCAUCUGUGCCUCGAAGCAUGGGCUUGCUGCCUGCCUUGCGCCUAGAGACUGUAGACCCUGGUGGUGGCGGCUCCUGGGGACCUGAUCAGGAGGCUCCGGCCCCCAACAGCCUGUCUCCCAGCCCCCAGGGCCAGCAGGGGCUAGAGGAAGGGGGCCUGGGGCCCUGAGGGCAGGGUGGACACGUGGGCCAGAUGGCCCCCACUAUGCCCCAAUCUUCUGCAAAUCCACCUGCCUCCCUCCUGCUGCUCUUCAGCUUUAUUCGCACCUGCCACUUUGUCCUGACCAGGGGUGGCCAACCGGGGUCCCCCAAACUCAGUCUUGGCACCUCAACUGUGACAAUCAGCAAAGCCCUAUAUGAGCCUCCAUCUGGGAUGGGGGGGCGAUCCUGGAGGUCAUUGAUUAGGAAUUAAAUUCUCCAGCCUCACUCCUGACUCCUUCCUAACUUGUUAGCAGUCUGGGGGUGGGAGUAGUCAGAGGAAGGGACUAAAGAGGCAAGAGGAUGACAGAUCUGACAAUUACCAGCUGUAUACAUUACAUGCACCAUCUCCUUUAAUCUGCACCACAACCCUGAGUUGUGGUGUUGAGUUCAGAGCCAUUCUUAGACUCAUUUGACAGGUGAGCAAACUGAGGCCUCCAAGAGGUUAUGUGAGCCUCUCAAAAUCAGAUGCCUAGGCACAGUUUAGCUGUGUGUUAGAGGGAGGGAACAUUUACUGGUGCUAAGCACUGUCCGUGUAUUGGUUCACGCAAUCCUCAACAACCCUAUGAGAUAGAUCCUGUUUACACUCCUCUUUUCCGGAGGAGGAAACUAAGUUUCAGAGUGGGAGAGGGAGGUUCCUUACUCAAAGGCACGGGGGAGAUUAGAAUUUAGGUUUAGAGUAGAAAGAAUGGGCCAGGGUUGGGCCAGGAAGCGCAUAGCAGCUGUUAAGAGAACG